AUGUCUCCACGUGCAGUGAUCAGCUUGCUGGUGGUUUGCCUCUGUCUGGCCUCCACAGAAGGAAGAGCAUUCAAAAAUGAGAAAGCACGGUUCAAGCGACAAGCUGGAAGUAGAUGUGUUGGGGGCGUGAGGGAAGAUCUCAUUGGAGAGAUAGAGUUUGGCUCUGGUCAAUACCAAAACAACGAAGACUGCUGCUUCGAGCUCCGUCCUUACUUUGGCGGUUCUUUCACGGUCGAUCUGGAGUUUAGUGUCUUUGACAUUGAGCAAGGUCCUCGCUGCAGUUAUGACUAUGUUACCUAUGGAACAAGUGACGGUAUUACCGAGAUCGACUGUGGCACGAAGGAUUUCGGAUACAUUAGAUCGUUCAACAGUACGGACAGUUUCCAGUUGUGUUUCCAUAGUGACGCCUCUAUUGUUGGUCGUGGCAUCAAUGUCUUAUAUAUCACUCUCCCAGUGGGUGUUCCCAGGAGCCAUCGCAACUGCACCUUCUCUACCCGGGCUGACCAUGGUAUGAUCCAGAGCCUGCCUGGUACAGGGGAGGACUACCAGAACAACCUCAACUGCAGCUACGUCUUCAAUGUGCCCAGGAACAGCAGUAUUCACUUCAACUUCACCACCUUCGACCUCGAGGGCGGUAAUGGAUGUCCCUACGAUUAUGUUCGGAUCAAUGGUGGACGAAGAUGGUGUGGAAGUACCAUUAACGGGAGGCAAGUGAACGAAACUGGUGAGGUUGUGCUGAGAUUUGUCACUGACGGUUCAGUGACAAGCAGAGGUUUUGUGGCUCGCUUCAACAUCAUGAUGGGUACGAUACACUUCUGA